AUGACCUCUUUAAACCACAAUACUAACUUGUAUGGUAAUGGUGAUGGUGGUGAUGGUCUUGACCAGUUGUCUCAAGCUUUGAAAAAGUUGAUUGAGGAGGCUAUUGAGAAGGCUAAAAAGAGUCUUGAAGCCGAAAAAAAUAAACUUGAAUGCCCUGUUAAGUAUAAGGGAGAUGAGUCCACUUGCCAGUAUUUUCAGAAGAAAGUUGAUGAAGUUAAAAAUUUGAAGUCCUCCCAAAAUAACUCAAAUAAUGAUGAAAAGUACUAUCAGAAAUUCAUUGAUGACUGCCAAUCUUCCCACUCCCGUCUUUAUGACGAUGCUACUAAAAAAGCCUUGGAUGGCAUUAAAGAGCGUGAGAAUCAACUUGAAAAACUUAAAAGUCAGCUUAGCAUUUUUACUGAAAAAAAUAACUCAGAAGAAUGUAAAAAACUUCUAGAAAAUCUCUGCACUGGCCUCGAAACCUUCCUAGGCUUCAAUCCAGAAUCCAAAGGCUACGACGGCUCUGGGAUUGUGUACUCCGACCUGGACAGGCUGUGUGACGGGGUGAUGGGAUUUUUGAGUGGUGUGCUUGGUGCGGUGAAAAACGAAAAUGAAGUGACAACUUAUGAUACAGAUAAGAGUAAAGACAUUAAUACAGUUAUUAACACCUUAAAUACUAAUAUUGGCUCCGGGCGUGAAGGGCUUGUGGAGUCUGUCGGCGCGGUGAAGGCGUGGUUGGAGGGGUAUGAUACUACCUUAACUCAAAAAACUAAUAAUGUUACUAAGCACUUAGAUACACUUAGCAAAAAUAUUGACAACAAUAUUAAUGAAUUUAAUAGCAUUAGUUCCUAUAAUGUUUUUCAACAACAUGAUGCGUGCAGAUUGAUGGCAACGAAAAUGACCGCCAAUGUCAAUGAGAGUAAAGAGGCGUUAAAACAGUUAGACAAAAACGCACAAAAGAUGUUAACGCCGCCGUUAAAUUCAAUUCAUCAAGCCGUUGAUGCUUUUACUAAAUCAGCCGAAAAUAAUGACUUGCAGGUGUUGAACACGACGGCGCGGGAGGAACUUGCCAAUUUGAAAACGCUGCUCGAAGGUGAAGUCGCGGCGCGUGUAAAUGAGAUGGCGACGAAUAUAGAUAAUGCUUUUGAAGGGAAAAUUCAUGGUCCACUAACGAGUGUUAAUUCGGAAUUGAUGAAGUCUAGAAAGACAUUGGAGGACUGGAUAUAUAAUGCUUAUUGGAUCUUGAAAAAGGCCAUUGGAAAUGUGGAAAAAAUUGUCAAACUGCUCAACAAUACUUCCGAUAAAAGGGAGAAAGAAAAAGUUGAAAAGGCGGCAACAAAAUUAAAAGAUAAAGCUGAUAAGUUGUAUAAUGUUGUAAUACAAGCCAAAAAAAAGCUUGAGACAACAGUCGAAGAAGCGCUCGGCGUUGUUAAAAAAAUGGACGGAGAACUGAAAUGGGAGUUGGGGAAAGUGAAAAGUGGGAUACAGAAUAGAUUUAACGCUUUCCAGCUGAAUUUAGCGGGGAUAAAAGACUUAGAGGAAAAUGUCAAGGAGGGGUUGUGGAAUUUGAGAGGUCAAAUUAAGCAAGGAUUAGACGGCAAUAUUCAAAGUAUUAUUGUUGGCAUUAAAGCUGAAAUUAAAAAAAUUAUAAAGGGUGACGCAGAACUCAACGACAGCGAUGGUCUGUCAGGAGUCAAAGAGAAGCUCGUGAAGGGUUACGCUGAUGGGUUUAAUGGUGAGGAAAAGUUUGCAGAUAAAGUGAUGGAAUGGAUCACGAAGACGUUGACGGAGAACGCAAUGGUGAAGUCUAGGAUCGAGAAAUACGUACAGGAUAAUACUGAUGUUAAUGGAAAACUGAUGAAUUCAUAUAAGCAUCGCGACAGUAGUACUGGAAAUUACACGGCGUUAAAUGACAAAAUCGCAAACAUCAUUAAAGCUAACAUAAAGCAGAAGCUUACUAACGAAUUAUUCAAAUCUGACAAAGGCUUUCCUCUUGCAAAUGCAAAUAUGAAAGCGUAUGUUGAAUACGUCAAGCACAUCUGCGAGAAGUUUACCGAAAGACUGGGGAGUGUGAUCAAGGAGCCUGAUAUUAGUCAUCCUACUCACGUUGUGAAUAUUAUCGUGGGAGAAAUCAACAGCACUUCUGGUCAAAUGGCAGGUGUCUUUGAAAAAAUCCCUACUGACAACCAUAAUAUUCCCAUGGUUGUCCGCUACACUCUUACCUCCCUUCAGUCUAAAGCCAAUCAGGUUGCUAAAGAACUGCAAUCAUUUGCACUCACCAAUGGUGUAACCAGGGGAGGCAGCCGAGGCGGCCUUGCAGGCAAUUUGGACAGUGCGCUUAGCGUCGCUGAAAAACUCGAUCAUAAUCUCGACAAGAAUCGUGGUCAUGCCCCUGGCACGGAAGCAAAUUAUGCAGACAAGGUUACUAGUGAAAUAGAGAGAGUGUUAACGGAUAAUAUAGCGCAGAAUAAAAACGGCGUGAAAUUUACGUCUGAACCUAUGAAAAAGUUCGACUUGACUCAGAAACAACUAACAGCAAUAUAUGAAAAAGAGUUCGACGCUAAAACUGCAAACACACUUGCAGCAGAACUUAACAAACAGUUGCCAGAUGUCGAAGGUGGUCCAGAUCUCAACGGAUUUGCUGGUCUCGGUGAUUCAAUUAAAGUCGAUCUGAGAAAUGCUCCUAGCUUCACAAAUUACAAUACGUACAUCAAACCAGCAGCUGCUAAUAUGGCCAAGAUGAGCGGCGCUGCAGGCGAAGGCAAGUUACCUGAGGCCAUCAAAAAAAUUCAAAAUCAGGUAGACGGUAUCGAUCAUUUGGGGAAAAUAACUAUUGUUGACGGCAACGAUGAUGAUAAGUUUUACAAAAACAGCUUCGACACACUGUUAUCCACUUUCAACACGCAACUUUCCGUUUUCAUUACCGCAGUCAAAGAUCUUGUUCAAGACGGCACUACCCCGGUGAAUAUCCUUCCACCUGCUGAAUUGUCCAAACCGAAGAAUACCGAUAGUGUCCGCCACUGCCUGCGAGAUUUAGAGCAGAUGAUAGAGAUAAAAGACGACGCGGCAUAUACGAUCAAGUCGAGAACUGACAAAAACGAUUCCACUAUAUCAGUUGCAGGCCUCCAGAAAAUUCACAAAGACAUUCUUAAGAUACUUGGUGGCGACUUUGCCAAAAACCCUAAUAAGCACAACUUGGCGGGCAUCCUUGUCGAAGCCGAGAAAUUCCAUUCCACUGUUAUCGCGGCACGGGCCGACGAAACCAUUGCAACUAUUAAGGACUACCUCACUGAUGCAUGUAAAAGAGCGGUAAAUAAUAUCAAGCGAACAGCGCAAGAAAUCUACGCAUCCCGUAAAAAGAGGGAGCUCGAAGAAUUAAAAAGCAUUGUGGACAGUCAGAAAUCUGAAAUCCAAAACAUCAUCGACAAAGACAUAGCGUCCGGUAUAAAGUGCCUACUGUCAAUCAUGGACGGUAACCAUGAAAUGGUUGCUCAGAUCCCUCGCCAAAAUGACUUCAACGCGGCGUGCAACUACUCCCGUUGGUACCUCGAUCCGUUUUUCGACUACAUCUUGCAGCAAUCCAUGACCCCUCCACUGUCCCCUACUGGGCAUGUCAAGCAUAACUCCAACAGUGAUAAUGUUGAAAAGCUGCAAAGGAAGUUGGACACCUUGCUCACCAAGCUUCGCGAAUCAAACCACUUCGACCGUACAUUUACCGACAACCUUGCCGCACUCAAACAGCUACUCACCACUUUCCCUCCUUCCUCGUUCUACGGCAUUUUCAACGGCGCGCUGCUUGAUGGCUUACGUGCCGGGUUGGACGGGCUGUGCUCACAGUUGUGCUAUGCAUACGUUAAUACUUAUGACGGUCGAACGGUUCGCGAGCUGAUUAAAAACCUUAAACAUGAAGCCGGCGGAAAUAAAGUUGACGCGAUCUAUGACCUGACUGAUGACGGUCGAAAGGCGGCUAAGGUGUGCCUCACUGCACUUAUGACAGUAUAUCACGAUUUUGCCCACUUAAGAGACAAUUAUCUGUCGCACGCUUGGCAUAGAGAUCGUAUCAACAGGUCCAAAAAUUUGGGUAAUUUCUUCAAUACUCGUGGCUUUAUUGUGUCUGAUGAGAGUCGCCAGAACGGUGAGCUGCAAGACAAAAGCACGAUGAAGGGAACCAACGUGAUUGAACUGCUCAAACGUGAUGGUAAACUGUUUAAUAAUAUUAACAGUCAUAUCUUCGCCGGUACUGUAACCAAACUGCAUGAUUACCUAGAGAUAUAUUACCAGGUGUGCCACAUGGCUACUCACUCCGCAACCCGGCAGCCGUGUUCCGUUAAUGACAUGCUAAUAUGGUUUUGCGGUCUGCCUUAUAACAAUGCGCAUAUUACGUUGUUAGGUGACGGAAUAAGUAGCUUACUUGAUAACCCCGCUAAAGCACUAGGCGGCGAGGAUGAUGUACCCGUGUUUGACAUAACAGCCACGUACCUGAAUGCUUAUCCGAAGAAAGUUACAUACGCAAAUUUCGACACCGUACUCGACCACCUCUGUUCUCAAUCGUAUAUUUUGUUGACAAAAAUCAUUGGUACCGGCAACGCCCACACUCUCUAUGCUAGCGACUACUGCAACAACGCACUGAAUUUCAGAUACCCCGCGACCGGUGAGGAAUGUCUUGAUAUGCUGUUGGACAUCCUACGCAGAUUGUUCCCGCCACUUAAAUAUUUGUUGACGCAAUGCAGCAACAAUGCUAGCAAUUUCGGCUGGCGCGAUUGCCCCUACGGCAAGGAUGUCCCUACGGUCAAAUGGCCAUGCAAUGAGCACUCAAACGAGAAACCUAGAGACCAACCAAAAGGCCAACCAAACUGUAAACCAAAUUGCCAAGCAAAGUGCCAGGUAAAUUGUCAAUCAAAUUCGCCAUUAAUGUCUUACCUAUACGAUUGCUUACCCGGGCACCUGCCACAUCAGCUAAGCUCCAUCGGCUGCAAGUACACAUGCUCUACUUGCGCCACUGGUAAGACAGGAAUGCCGUGUCUAACACCGCUCGGAUUCAGAGGUUUCUCAGGUGACCCUAAGAUCGGCAAGAACUUAUGUGACGUUCUAACUAAAUUCUUUGAACAUGAGCAUUUGUCAUCGUUGCUCUCCCUAGCGCCCAAAGCGCCGAGCACAUUGCCCGAGCAUCUAAGUUUCACGUUAUCGCUUGUUAAACACUGGAAUAAUGGCGGUAGACAUCUCAUUCGGGAUGCGUUUACCAAGGCAAUCACCGACCAAUCCAUUGGCUUGUACGAGCAACCGGCAACCCUUACUAGUGCACUAUGCAAUGUCUACGGUAAUAUAAAGGGAGAGCAUCGUAAUAUUGGCUCUGACGGUAGUGAAGCUAGCUUGCCGUUUACAUCGCUGACUACAUCUUGCACAACGCAGGAUCAUUGUGCUCCAUACUUGCGAUCCCUGUGCGACGAUACUUACGCAUACUUAGUCAGCAAACAGGCUGGCACUUAUUUCUCAUGGGCAAUAUACUCACCAUGGACGUUGUGGAAAUAUGUGCAGUGCUUACUGACAGACUUCCAGAACAUAUCUUGUAAGGACUGGGGGUGCCGUGGAUGUGCCCGUGGUGAUCAAUGUAAGCGUGGCCAGCACGGACUUAGCGAUGAUAAAAAUAGAAAAUCUUACUGCCAAUGUCGUUCAAUAGUCGGAUGCAGAGGAACAUCUCCGACGUUCUACAGGUAUGGUUUCACUUACGCCUCCUCUGAAAAAUUGAUUAUCAAUGGCACUACGUGUUCUUCAUUCUUCGACCACCUGACAAGAGUACUUACAUCGCAGUAUAUGAAAGACUUGUUGACCGAGUGCGAUAAAUUCCUAUACUAUAUCCGCGCCCCCUUCAUCUGGCUCAACGUGGCCCUCUGGCUCCUCUCCCUCCUGUACCUCAUCCACAUCAUGGUCGUCCGCCUAGACCUGCUUCACAUCAAAUCGCAUUUGCACUCACCCUCAUCACAUCGCGUAGCCGCGCAAUCACUACUUGCCGCUGCACGUGUUAACAAGCUUAACAAAGUGUUUUACCUGCAACCAUAA